CCAAUCAAAACCACUGCCUUUGAACCAGGUGACUUCGAACCCGGAACAACAACAUCCCAGACUGUUGAUCGUCGGGGGGCUUGAAGAAAACAUUCACGUUCACUCCUUUUCUGUUUUCUAAAAUGAAGUCAGCUCUGCUCCACGUGUCGGUGACAUUCGUGGCCUGCGUCGCUGUGGCGAACACUGGCCUGUUCGAUGAGGUGAAAGUGGAUUUAACGUAUGACCAUUACGCAGAGAAACCGGUGGAUUAUUUACCGGGUUUCCUGGCGAUGCCCUUCAACUCCCUGGUCAACCUGGGGUAUGCCUUCGUGGGGCUCUUCUGGCUGCUGAGGCCCAGAGGCAUAAAGGAGCCCACUUCCAGUCGUUACCUGAGGGACGUGUUCGCCUUCAUGGCUCUGUUUUACGCACCUGUGCAGUGGACGCGCCUGGCCGUGCUUCAGCGCGCUCCCGCCGUGCUGGACCAGUGGUUCACUUUGCCGAUUUUCGCGUGGGUUCCGGUGUGGAUCGGCUUUAUAGAGAGCGGGCCGGCCAGGUGGAGGGCAUCCCACGCGGCUCUACUUGAGCUGGUGUCCCUCCUCAGCUACGGCCUGGCACUAAUGCACGAGUGGGGCUUUGAGGUGGCUCUGGGCGGGCACGUCGCGCUCGCGGUGUAUAAGGGUGUCCGCGUGCAGUUGAGGCACGGGGACGCGCGUACGCUGAAGUACCUGGUCCUGGCCAUGGUGUCCUGCUCCGGGUUCGUGGUCCUGAAGCUGCUGGACCACUGGCUCGCGCAGUACCGGCUCUUCCAGCGGGUCACCGGACACUUCUGGUCCAAGGUGUGCGACGUCCUGCAGUUUCACUACAGCUUCUGCUUCCUGACAACUCUGACCCAGAAAACACAGGACAAGGCCUAUGGAUCUUGAUUGUGUGUCCUGUUGAUGUCCUAGAACUGCCUGAACAUCCAGUCCUUCCUCAUCACCUCUCAGCCUUAGACUCUGAGCUUUAACCCAUGAAGACCCAAAUAUACACCAGUGA